AUCGUAAGUUCUAUGAUGUUGCAGGUAUGAUGUGACCUCUUCCCUUCUACCUACCAAGCUUCAAUUGGAGAUUAAGAAUAAGGCCGGUCAAGUUGUUUUCAGGAAAAGACAGAACCUGUAUUAUGUGAAAGUACAAGAAAGAUUAAGUACACUUGAUGCUGGACAGGAUUAUAUUAUGACUGUGACAAGCAUAUCGGGAAAUAUAAAGGCCUCCGAAGAUGUUACAAUACAUAACAAGGAUUAUAGAGAGGACAGUUACUCACGUAGUUUUGCUACCCCGGGAUACGAUGUUACUGAUUCUGUUACUAUUCCAUAUAUGGAUACAUACAGGUCUCCUUCUGAAUCCUCUCUCACCAGUGGAUUCGACGAGCGGAGCAUUGAUUCUAUAUUUGAUGCUCCUCUCCGCAGUAUGGAAGCAGCAUAUCAGGAAACCAGAGAUGCUACAGAAACCCCGGUCCCAGACCUGGAAGAGAUUGAUAGAUGGGAACCACAGGCUCAGUCAAGAGUUCAUGUCUCGGAAGAAGAAAAAGAGGAAAAGGAAGAAGAAAAAGAAGAAACAGAAAUGAAAUCUCCAGUUGAAGAAUUGAAAAAGAAUCCGUUUACCCUGCACAAGAAACCAGUAGUUCCGGAGCUAAAGUAUAGAUGGCAGUAUGGGUACAGAAGAGGAAUUGGUAGCACAUAUCAAAAGGUUCCUAUCCUCAAGUUAGAGCUUAAAUAUUCUGAGAGUACUCCACUACUUCCAAGCACCCUGAGUAUUGAAACCAAGACGGAAUCCCGUCUCCUACCCGUUGGUCCUACAGGAGCAGUUGCAGAGUUUGUUUUCAAGGACGGAGAUGCUCAAACUAUUCAUAUAUCCGCCAGAGAUAAAUCUGGACUUGAGCAUAUAUCCUCUCCUAGCUUCAGGUGUACCCCUGGGUCCCUGGAUCCAGCACAACUUGGACAAUGGUUUACUCAACAACCAAUACUUAACAAAGAAAUUUGAAGCAAAGUAGAGUGAGGAAACUAACAACUUAUUGUUAAUUUUGUAUUUUAAAGCAUUUUAACAAUUUUUUAAAAUUCAUUUAACCCCCAAAAGUAACGAAUAAAUAAAACAAUAUGAAUUGAACAUGAACAAUAUGUUUGUAUGAAAGGUUUCAUGAUCAAUUUAGACUUUUAAUGUUGAUAUGUAUGUUGUUAAAGAGAUUAUACAGAAUUACAAAGA